AUGAAGAAGAAGAGAUCUUCUCAACCACUAUCGGAACCUGUCAUUGCUUUGAGAAAGAAGAAGAGAAUUUGUGUCAAAUCUUUUCAACAACAACAACAAUCAUUUUCUUCUACACAACCUGAAUUUUGCUUACCAGAUGAUUGCUGGGAGCGUGUCUUUUCAUUCCUCAUCAAUCCUGUAGACGAAACCGAAGACAAAAAUAAACUCUACUUCAAAUCCUCCUUAUCUCUCGUCUCUAAACAAUUCCUCUCCAUCACUAACCGUCUCAUAUUCUCUCUCAGAAUUUAUUAUCCACAACUUUGCAUUCUCCCUCGUUUUUUUCAUAGAUUCUCCAACCUUCAUUCUCUUGACCUCUGGUUCGCCUCCUCUCAUGAUCUCGACAACAAUGCAGCCAUUGCUUUGGCUCUCCGUGACAGACCAACAUUGAAAUCAUUAUCUAUUUUCGGAAUUGAGCUAAAGGAUACAAACUAUGUUUCUUCACGUUACAUUGAUUCCUUCAUGAGUUUGAAGGGUUUGAAUUCUCUUAAGUUUCGGUAUUCCAAAAUAUCCGAUGAUUUGCUUUACUCUAUUGCAAAAGGAGGUCUUCCUUUAAAGAGGCUUGUUCUUGACGUUUGUCGCGGCUAUAGUUACCAUGGAAUUUAUGGUUUAUUAUCCAAGUGUCAUGAGAUACAACAUUUGAGUCUUCAAGAUGUUGAUUUUCUAAAUAAUCAUCAUGUUUCCCAGUUGUCUUUACUUGUUCCUGAUUUGAUAUCUAUAAAUCUUAGUGGAUGUUCCAAGCUCACAGAAUCAGCUUUGUUUGCCAUCAUUAAGAACUGUCAUUCACUUGAUAAAAUCACAAUUGAACGCAUAUAUGUUAAGAGAAAGAGGGUACAAAAUUUUGAUAUUUUGAAAGAUUUUCAAGUCAACCCUCAAUUAAAGUCUCUACAUUUGGCUGAAAAUUCAUUUAUAAACGAUGAGAUCGUCCUAUUGUUUGCUUCAAUUUUUCCUAAUUUACAGCUUUUUGAUUUGAGUAAUUGCGAUCGCAUAUCUGAUAAAGGUAUUUGUCAAGUUCUAAAUAAAUGUUGUAAGAUUAGAUAUCUGAGUUUGAUCGGCUGUAAAAAAGUGAGACAACUUAAAAUAAACGUUGUAGUUGACCAGCUAAAGAUGUUGAACUUGUGUGGUACAAACAUUGACGAUAAAACACUCUAUGAAAUCUCAAAGAGUUGUUAUGGACUUUUACAACUAUUAUUGAUAUAUUGUAAAUAUGUCACAGUAAAGGGAGUCACGCGCGUGAUUGAAAACUGCACACAACUGGAGGAGAUUGAUUUGAGAUGCUGUGAUAAAGUGAAUGAUGAUGAUGUUGUCUCAAUGCGUUCAUCAAGGCCAUCAUUAAAAAUAGAUUAUUGCUCCACAUUUUUGUUUUAG